AUGCACCCGUCCGCGCUCCUGGCGGUCUCUCUAGGCGUCGCCGCCGGCCUCGCCCCGACCGCCUCGGGCUACGUGAUGCCGUUCCAGAGGCAGCAGGACCGCAUCGAGGACCUCAACAGCUUCGCAGCCAACCACGGCCCGCUUCGCCUCUCACCUCGCGGCAUUGCAGACGAGCCUCAGGCGGUCGGCUACAAUGCUGAGCGCCGCUCCUUCUCGGUGCCGCUCCAGCGGCGGCACGGCGACCUUCACCCGGACAUUUCCAAGCGCGACCCGGAGAAGACGAUGGCCUGGGCUUUCCGCCAGGGCGAGCGCAUGAGGCACAAGUACAACAAGGGCCUCAAGACCGACGACGAGAGCGAAAAGCAGAGGCGGCAGACCAUCGGUCUCACCGACGUCGGCCAGGACAGCUACUACUACGCCCAGGUCUCGCUCGGAACGCCCAAGCAGAACUUCAACAUCAUCCUCGACACCGGCUCCGCCGACUUCUGGGUCGUCGACUCGGUCUGCGGGCCCAGCGACAAUUGCGACAGCGAUCUCAACCGCUACAACCCGAGCGCCUCGUCGUCCCACAUCGGCUCUUCGGCCGACUUCCAGGUGUCGUACGGCACCGGUGCCGUCCAGGGAUCGCUCGCCGCCGACACGGCCAGCCUGGCCGGCUACACCGUCUUCAACCUCACCUUUGCCCAGGCCGACCGCAUCGCGCAGGAUACGAUCGAGUCGCCCGCCAGCGGCAUCAUGGGCAUGGGCUUCCAGUCUCUCGCCUCGAGCGGCGCGACGCCCUUCUGGCAGGUGCUGGCGCAGCAGGGCGUCCUCAAGACGAACGCCUUCACCUUCCAGCUGGCGCGCAACAUUGACAACGUCGACGUCUCCAGCCCCGACGUCAACUCGGUCCUCAGCCCGGGCGGCGUCUUUACGCUGGGCGAGAUUGACGCGAACCAGUACAGCGGCGAUAUCACCUACGUCGACAUCCCCAACAACCUGGAAAGGACCCAGGGCCUGGGCUACUGGAGCAUCCCCAUGGAUGGCAUCAGCGUCAAUGGCCAGAAGGCCAACAUCGGCAACGGCCCGCUCGCCGCCAUCGACACGGGCACCACCCUCAUCGGCGGACCCCAAUCGCAGGUGCGCGCCGUCUACAGCCUCAUCCCGGGCGCCCAGUCGGCGCCCGGCUCGUCGGGCUACUACCUCUUCCCGUGCGACGCAAACCUCGACAUCGAGCUGACCUUUGGCGGACGCGCGUUCAAGAUGUCGACGGUCGACAUGAACCUGGGACCCUACCCCUACACGAUCUCGCGAAACUGCCUCGGCGCUCUCUUUGACAUCGACCUCGGCGGACGCGGAGUCUACGGUGUCCCGGAGUGGAUCGUGGGCGAUGCCUUCCUCAAGAACGUCUUCUCGGUCUACGACGGAAACGGCCGCGUCGGCUUCGCCAACCUCAAGGGCUCCGAGGCGCAGAGCGCGGCGAUCACGACGGGCGCCGUUCCCUCGGGCACCGCCGCCCAGACGGCCCGACCGGCUGCGUCGACCUCUUCGGUCGACACCGAUGGCGGCGGACUGCCUGUCCCUUCGCUGCAGACUGGCUCGCGAGGCGCGUCGGCAAACGGGCUGCCUACGCCUUCGGCGAGUGGCGGCGUCACCGGCGGCGCUGCCAACCUCAUCCCCGGGGGCUCCGGUCGCGGCGGCGGCAGCAGCGGCGCCAGCAGCCUCAGAGCCAUCUCGGCUACGAGCAUUGGCCUCGGCGCUGCCGUGGCUGCCAUGAUGGCCGGCGCCGCGUUCGUCCUCUAG